AGAGCCGCAAGUGUUUGAGAAAAUCCAAAUCUACACCAACCUCGUUUAAUGUUCAAAAACCAUCCAAAAAUGAUGUGAUUUUGAGAUUAACCCAUUAAUGCUUAUUUGGGAAAUUAUCAAAAACCAAUUCACAAUCCCUGUGAAAAGUUAGGGUUUUUUUUUUUUUUUACUUUUUACUUGCCCCCUCUAAAAAUACUAGUCUUCUUCUCAGUCUUUUUAUUGUGCCUUUUAAUUAAGAAAAUUAGUUUAUAUAUGGUAUAUAUUGCGAAGGGGUUCGUGAACUCUCUCAGCUUCUUCAGGAUUCAAUGGGUCGGUCUCGUGGGAAUUUCCACUCUCCUGAUGAGGACCCAACCCAAAGAUCAAGGAGAAAAAAGAAUGCUAACAGUGGUGAAAAUUCAGAAUCUGCAGCUGCAGGUCAAGGAACAAGUGAAGGGAAAAGGGCUUUAUACCACUGUAAUUAUUGCAACAAAGACAUUACAGGGAAGAUCCGUAUCAAGUGUUUCAAUUGCCCUGAUUUUGACCUAUGUAUAGAGUGUUUUUCUGUUGGAGCUGAGGUGCAACCGCAUAAGAGCAAUCACCCAUACAGGGUUAUGGACAAUUUAUCCUUCCCUCUUAUUUGCCCUGAUUGGAAUGCAGAUGAUGAAAUACUGCUUCUAGAGGGUAUUGAAAUGUAUGGCAUGGGUAACUGGGCAGAAGUUGCUGAGCAUGUGGGGACUAAGAGUAAAGAACAAUGUAUAGAUCACUAUACCAACAAAUAUAAGAACUCCCCAUACUUCCCUCUUCCGGACAUGUCUCAUGUUGUUGGAAAAAAUAGAAAGGAGCUUCUUGCUAUGGCUAAAGGACACAGUGAGGACAAGAAAGGAUUUCCUAUGAUGGGGGAGCUUAAUUUGAAGGAAGAAUCUCCUUUUUCUCCUUCAAGAGUCAAAGUUGAAGAAUCACAUAAAGGUGGUUCCUCUAGCCGCUUAUUGUCAAGCUUAAAUGCUGAAGUGGAAUCUGGGGUCCGUUCUAGUAGCUCAAGUUCGGCUGCAACAGCUGCUAACAAGAAGGCAUCUAACAUGGCCCAAGUUAAGGAUGGCCCUGGUGUUAUUAAAGUGGAAGAUCAUCAAGCAGACAGGAGCUUUGGGGGGAAGAGACCGCACUCUUCAGGGAGCGAGGGACCAUCUUUAGUUGAGUUGAGUGGUUAUAACCAUAAAAGACAGGAGUUUGAUCCUGAAUAUGACAAUGAUGCUGAGCAGUUAUUGGCUGAGAUGGAAUUUAAGGAUACAGACACUGAGGAUGAACGUGAGCUGAAGUUGCGAGUGCUGCGUAUCUAUGCAAAGAGGCUUGAUGAGAGGAAGCGUAGGAAGGAUUUCAUACUAGAAAGAAAUUUGCUGUAUCCAAAUCAUUUUGAGAAGGAUUUAUCGCCUGAAGAGAGGGCAAUCUGUCGGCGAUAUGAUGUCUUCAUGCGCUUUCAUGCCAAGGAAGAGCAUGAGGAUUUGCUUCAGACUGUUAUUUCAGAGCAUCGGACCCUGAAAAGAAUUCAAGAACUUAAGGAAGCCCGAGCUGCUGGUUGCCGCACUGCAGCUGAGGCUGAUAGAUACCUUGAACAGAAAAGGAAAAGGGAAGCUGAAGAAAGUGCUCGUAGAGCAAAGGAAAGUGCUCAAGUUGGUCCAAGCAGUCAGGCUGGUCCAAAUCCUUUCAUGGCUUCAGAGUCUGGUGGCAAGGAGUCGAAUUCACGACCAGCAGUACAGGCAACUUCAAGCUCCAUUAAUGAUUUGGAGAUAACAGGCCUUCAUGGGGCAGAUUUAUUGUCUGAAAGUGAGAAACGACUCUGCAGUGAGAUUCGGCUACCCCCAGCUCUUUAUCUCAACAUGCAAGAGCUUAUGUCAAUUGAAAUUAUCAAUGGAAAUGUCUCUAAGAAAGCUGAUGCCCAUCGCUUGUUCAAGCUUGAAACAAGCAAAAUUGACAGGGUUUAUGACAUGCUUGUGAAAAAGGGGAUUGCUCAACCAUGAAACUAUACCAUGUUUUCCAUUGUUCUUGGUCUUAGUUGUAAUUAGCUUCAUUUGUAUCAAUUUUGUCCCCGAAAAUAAAAAGCAUGGUAUAUCUUCGUGUGGUCUAUUUUGAAAUAUUAAUAGUAUAGGUAUUCAUAAGACAUCCAGAAUGGUGUAUCAAUCAAGAUGAGUUGAAUGAAAUUAGAGAAAAUAAAACCCCUUUUCUUCACUA